CUCUAGGGAUCGGGUUACGCUAGGAUGUGACGUCCCCAAGCAGGGGGCGUUGCCAAAUGAUUCCUAGAGACCGAGUCAGACUCCCCUAGCAACAAGGCAGCGAACACACAACCAAGCAGGAGGAUCGCAGAAACUGAAGGUGGACUCCAAGGCAGCAUGUCAGCAGAGUAAAUGCGCAGCAGGAAGUGAGUGGGCGGUUGUGCGACGUGGAGGAGAGAAUGCUACACUUCUCGCAUCUGAUAAAACAGGAACAGUUUAUAGAGUCAGGAGAUGUAGAUGAGCUCCUGCUGCUUCCUAAUUUGUCCUGAAUCUAGGGGAGGUGAGAGGGAUUAAAAACUGUGAAGAUGGCGACUGGAAUGAGCUGGCAGCAGCAACAGAAUUAUUACAGCGGAGGGGCUUCUGUUGGGGCUGCCAAGUUUAUGCCCUCCUCUCCUGGUGUGAUGGCACAUCAAGCCAGCCUGAGCAUGGAGUAUACUGCAGAACUACACCUCAAGAUGAGCAAAAAAAUAGCACAGCUGACCAAGGUCAUAUAUGCCUUAAACACAAAAAAUGAUGAACAUGAAUCAGGAAUCCAAGCCAUCAAGGAAGCUCAUGAAGAAGAGAUUCAGAAAAUCCUUGCAGAGACACAUGAAAAAAUCCUGCUGUUCAAGAAUAAAGUUUCAGAGGAAACAGAUCUCAAACAUAAGGUUAAGGCUUUGGAAGAGUCAUUGGAAGAACACAAAAAGAUGAAACAUCAAGCACUGACCGAGUUUGAAGUUUACAAACAUAGAGUGGAAGACAUGCAACUAUGCGCAGAAGCACAACAUGUGCAAAGAGUUGUUACUAUGUCCCGAGAGGUUGAAGAGAUGAGAAAAAAAUUUGAUGAGAGGAUACGUAAUUUUAUGCAGAUUCAAAUACAGUUUGAAAAGGACAAACGUUCUGCUCUCGAUGAACUGAGGACGAGUCGACUGGAAAUCCAAGAACUGUUAAAAGCGCAGCACAAUCAAAAUGCAACUUUAAACAAGGGGCAAGAAACAUUGGCGGAAAUGCACCUAUUACAAAUAGAGGACCUUAACAAGAAAAUGGAAGACAUGCGUCUGGAGAGGAAGAUAUUAGUAGAAGAAUAUGAAGCAAAAUUUACUAAAGCUCAAGCAUUCUAUGAGCAUGAAGUGGAAGCUUUGAAAAGAUCCCAAAUGUUUACAGCUGAGAGCCUCCACACUUGUAAACAGAAAGAAGCAGAGCUAAAGAGAGAUUUCCAAAGUCAGGAGGCUCUUUUACAAAAAAACUUAGGGAUUCUCAAAACUGAAUUUCAAGUUGUACAAGAAGAAGCUGGGAAUCUAAGAGAAAAGGGCCAAAAGCUUCAAGCAUCUUUAAAUACAGCUGAAACCAAUAUACAGGUUCUUCAGAAGCAGCUGGAAAAUGUGAAGCAGGGAGAGAUGUCUUUAUUAAGCAAACACAAUGACAUGGAGAGUGAGCUAGCAGCUGCACGGGAACGCAUACAGCAGCAAGCUACAGAACUUGUACUUAAAGCCAGUCACAUUGGGAUGCUGCAAACUACUCAAAUGACACAAGAAGCUACCAUACAAGAUCUGGAGUCAGAAAAAGCCAGAAUUAAGGAAAAAAUAACCAGACUAGAAGAAGAAAGAUCUUUGCUACAGAGCAAAAACCAAAACCUGGAUGAGCGACAAAGGCAACAGAUUCUUGCACUGGAGAAGAAGAUCAGUGAAGCAAAACAGACCCACAGACAGUGCUAUGAGAAGGAGCUGAUGAACCUGCGCAUCAAAUUUGAGGAAGAGACAGUUCAGCUUAAAGAGUUUCAUGCAAAGAUUGUAGAGGAGAUGUCACUGAAACAUCAAGCAGCACUUGAGGCAGCUCAAAACACUGCAAAUAACGAAAAGAAGAAGUUACAGAUUGAGCUCCAGCAACAAUUUGAAAAGGAAUUAUCAGAACUAGAGGAAAGUAACAACCAGUUGAGACAGCAGCUGGGAAACCUUAAGGAAGAACUCACAGAAAGGCUGACAACUGCUAAUCUUGAGAAUGUACAACUACAGGACCUUGUGACAAAAAGCAAGCAAGGGCUUGGUUCAGCUGAGUGUCAUAUAACCAGCUUAAAAGAUACUCAGGACAGACUUCAGAAAGAGUUGGAUGUCACUAGUGAGAGACUGAGAGAGACCAAUAACUCUUUAUUUGCCGUUCAGGGGCAGUUGGAGAAAGAAAAACAGCAGCAUGAAGCAAUACUUUCUGCAAUGAGGGAGGAAGAGAGACUAAAGAUGGACAAAGUUGCUCGUGACCUAGAAUUAAAAUGGACAGAGACUCUCAGACAAGAGUGCAGCAAACUUCGGGAAGAGCUAAAGUUACAACACGCAGAAGACAAGAAAUCUGCAAUUGCCCAGCUCCUUCAGAUCAAAGAACGGGAGAUGAACACAGCCAAGGAUGGAUGGCAGAAGAAAGUGGAAGAUCUUCUAGAUCAGCGGCACUGUCUGGGUGAAGCUUUACAUAAAUCCAUCAGCAAUAUAUCACUUCUUAAACAGAACUUAGAGAUGCAGAUAUGCCAGUCCCAGAGUGCUUUGCAGCACCUGCAGUCGCAAUUCAGCAGUGAGCGCCAGCGUCUCACUCGGGAGCUUCAUGAGCUUGAGGAAGAGCAUCAGCAGAGGCAGACGUCCCUUCAAGAAGCUCACAUCAUUGCAUUCCAGACUAUGGAAGAUGCAAAGGCUCAGAAACAAAAGGAUCUCGAAGAACGAUUGCAUCAAAAAUACUCAGAGGAGCUUCAGAGUGUAAAGGAUGCACACAAGCAGGUUAUGGAUGUUCUUCGACUUGAGAUGGAGCAAGAACUUCAGACUCUGCGUUUUGAAUUAGAAGAUGAGGGAAAAGCAAUGUUAGCAUCACUGCGCUCUGAACUUAACCACCAGCAUGCAGCCGCCAUUGACCUUCUAAGGAACAAUCACCAACUGGAGAUGGAUGCAGCUACAAUAAACCUAGAGAGGCACAAAGAGAUCAACAGGCGGCAGGAGUGUGAGCUUUUGGGGCAAAUAACAGAUCUUCAGGAUAAAAUGAGGCAUCAGGAACAACAUGCAUCUGAACUUAACAAGCAGCUGGUGGCAUUAAAAGAGAACAUGAACUCGCUAACCAAGGAGCUGGACUUUAAAGGAAAGGAGAUCCUUUGCGUACGCAGUGAAGCCAACCAGCAGAUUAGGGUACACGAACAAGAUUUAAACAAGAAACACAAGGAAGACCUGAAUGACCUAACAUCGGCCCACAUCAGGGAGAAACAAAUUUUAAUUGCAGAAAUGACAAAGAAUCAAGCACUUUUCAUGGAAAAAAAUUCUGCAUUGCAAAAGUCGUUAACAGAAAUGGAAGAAAAAUAUCAAAACAGAGAGUCUAGGCCAGAAGACCUUCAGAUAAUUUCUGAGCUAAAAGACAUGGUAACCGAGCGGGAUCAGCUCAUCAAGAAACUAAUUGAUGACAAGAAGUUUUACCAGCUAGAGCUAGUGAACCGGGAGACCAACUUCAACAAAGUAUUCAGUGCUAGUCCUAACGUUGGGGUGAUAAACCCUUUAGUAAAGCAAAAGAAGAAGAAUGAUAAAUCCACAAACAGGUUUGUGAGUGUCCCUAACCUAAGUGCUCUGGAAUCUGGUGGAAUGGGAAAUGGACAUCCAACCCGCCUGGAGCCCAUUCCUAACUCCCCCAUCCACGAUAUUGAGUUCAACGGCAGCAAGCCACUUCCACAGCCCGUGCCACCCAAAGAGGUGAAGACCUUAAUGAGCCCUCCCCAGACUGAGACCUCACCAGUGGCAUCUCCAGACCCUCAGCGUCAGGAAUGGUUUGCCAGAUACUUCACUUUCUAAGAGACACUAUUUGACCGUAUUUCUAUUUAUUUCUAUUGUUGCACAGCUUAGACGUGGACUGUGUGUAAAAGCAUGACUUUGACAAAUCCCGAUGUGACCAAACUUUGCCGUGGAACACUGUUUGUCAAACACUGUGAGCAAGUUUUUGUCUUCAAUAUCAAAUGCACUGUAAUAUUUUAGUCCAUUUCAAUAACAUUCUCAUUCCAUAAGGUGAUCACAGCCAUUGUUAUACAUUAGAAUGGAUGGCAAAACAAUGUGAAGUCAGCAAAAUUGCUGCAUUACCCAGCUGUCCCCUUCUUUUGAUAGUUUCAUUGCCAUAAUGCACCAUGUUACUGUGCCAGUGAUCGAAUGAAUCCCAUCACAAUGAGACGAGGUUAUCCUAAUGCCUUAUAAACACGGGCAUCCAUGCAAGGCCAUAACUGAGGGUCAUUGUGCUCUCAGUUUCAUUUUAUUUCACAAUUGGACUGCGGUUAUAAAAUGUGCCUGGAGUCAGACUAUAAGCUUCUGAUCGGUAUGUAUAUACUAUAUAUGCCAAUUGUAAUCCUCUUGUACCAACGUCAUAGCCUAAAUCCUAGUGUGUUAUUUCCUAUGGAAGUCACUUUUAUAUAAAAUUAUUUUUCUUACACGAAAA